UAUUGCUCAAUCUUUUGAAUGUUAUGUGGAACUGGACUCUUCAUUAACACACUUGAGUGCUGAUGACUGUGCAUGAGUUGAGGUUUCUGAGCUUAGAUGGGUGGUAGUCAUAAGAGCUAUAUAAGAUGUCCACUAUGAUUUAGAGAUAUCUAGAGAGCAAGCCGUGUCUGCUUCAGAGCCUGAGUAUAUAGUUUAGUCUUGCACUGUGAGAGUGAGAGUAUGUCUGCUGCUGUGACUCUAGCGCUGCUGUUCUUCUUGUCUGUGACACUGAACGAACAGGUGACCGAGGGCUGCACAUGUUUACCGAGACACCCUCAACAGCAUUUCUGCGCAUCUGAUAUAGUGAUUCGAGCUAAGGUCAUUGGAAAGGUGAACAGCCAUCUCCCUGAAGUAGAUGCAUACAAAAUCCAAACUAUUGAGAAAUUUAAGCCAUUAGACAAGAAGAGAAUUCCGGUCAUCUACACAAGGUCACAACAAACUUUUUGUAGCAUCAGUCUGCAAAACGAUGAGUAUCUGCUGGCAGGAUUUACACAAGCUCCAGUCUGGAUCCAGAACACCUGAGAAGAGAUGAUGCUG